AACACUUUGGAAGAAUAAGUACAACAACAAGAAGAAGAAAAGACAAAAGGAUUUGUAAGAAAAUGGGAAGAGCUCCAUGCUGCGACAAGGCAAACGUGAAGAAAGGGCCGUGGUCACCUGAAGAAGAUGUGAAGCUCAAGGAUUAUAUCGACAAAUAUGGCACUGGUGGCAACUGGAUCGCACUGCCUCAGAAAAUUGGGUUGAAGAGAUGUGGUAAGAGUUGCAGACUGAGAUGGCUUAAUUACUUAAGACCAAACAUCAAACAUGGUGGCUUUUCUGAGGAAGAAGAUAGUAUCAUCUUAAAUCUUUACAUCAGCAUUGGAAGCAGGUGGUCUAUAAUUGCAGCUCAGCUUCCUGGAAGGACAGACAAUGAUAUCAAGAAUUACUGGAACACCAAACUGAAGAAAAAGCUGCUCGGAAGACAGAAACAAAUGAAUCGUCAAGACUCCAUCACCCAUUCGAAUGAAAACAAUAUCAGCAGCAACAACAACAACAACAAGAGUCCUCAAAAUCUGAGUAACUCGGCUCUAGAGAGGCUUCAACUUCACAUGCAGCUUCAGAACUUACAAAGCCCCUUCUCUAGUUUCUACAACAACCCUAUCUUGUGGCCCAAGCUUCAUCCAUUGCUGCAGACUACUCCGGAUCAAAACUCUAAGCUAGCAUCCCAAGAAACCCUCCACCCUCUAGGAGUUAACUUUGUUCAUCAGAAGAGUCAUAUCAAUCUAGCUGAGAUCAACAAUGGAGCAUCUCCUAUCUAUUCAGACAACGUAGAGCAAGCCCUCAACCCUGCUAAUGAAUUUCAACCUAAUUUCGGUUUUUCGCAGGACCUUCAAUUAGAUAAUCAUAACAUGGACCUUAUGAACAGAUCAUGUGGUUCUAAAGAAUGGUUUCAAGUGGGCAACGAGUUUGGGCCAACGAACGAUUCGAGCUGGUGGUCGGAAGAAGUGGAGCUAGAGAGGAAAACAAUGUCGUCGAGUUCUUGGGGAUCAGCUUCUGUUCUUGAUCAGACGACUGAAGGAGUGCAUAUACUUCAAGACUACGCUCAGAUGAGCUACCACAGUGUUUAAUCAUUUUUAUUUAUCAUGCAUAUGUACAUGCAUGUACAAGUAUAGGGCUGGAUUAUUGAUGAAUUAUGUAUUAUUACAGUCAUAAGCUUAUUGUAGCAUGUCGAGGGUGAAAGGGUUUUUUCAUUUUCUUUUUAAAUGUAACGA